AUGGCGACUAGCAAUAAUGCUUCAAUGGCUGACCUCAGCCUCUACAUUUUGACUUUCAAUUGCGGUCUAUCUGCUAUCGAUGUAGAUGCCUUUGCAUCUCAACUAUUCUCCGGCCUCACAAGCCCCACCUUACCCGACCUUCUCGUCCUCUCUCUCCAAGAACUCGCUCCCAUACCCUAUGGAUUAAUAGGCGGAUCUUUUCUGGUCCCCUACUUUUCGAGGUUUUACCAUGCGGUCCAAAAGGGGGCGCGAAAAGCCUCCAACGCAACAGACAAUGCGCCAAUAUACACCCCGAUAUCUGCACGGAACGUAGGCAUAACUGGAAUAAUGGUAUUCGCCAAGGACCCGGAAGCAAUACAAGAUAUUGAAACUGCAGGUGUUGGGGUCGGAAUGUCAGAGAUGGGGAAUAAGGGCGCGGUGGGAGUACGGUUCACAUACAGAGACAAAGGUUCCUCCACAGAGUUGACUUUCGUAUCUGCACAUUUAGCCGCAAUGGAGGACGAAGUACUACGUCGAAAUGAGGAUUGGAAGAACAUAGUUCGAGGCCUCAUCUUUUCGUCAACAACUGCGGAUCGCAAGCAAAACGCUGCUUCACUCCCGGGAGACCAGCGACCCCUCCUUUCAAUAUCGCCCCAAGACGCCUCAAUCUACAAACCAACCUCACACCUCUUCGUAGCUGGCGACCUCAACUAUCGCACCUCCACAAUCAAACCCUCUCCCACCGAUCAUUUAGAAACCUUCCCACAACCACACGACGACCCCUCCUCGGAGCAGCAUUACUCUACACUCUUCCUAUCCGACCAGCUCAACCGCGAGCGCCACGCAGGCAGGACCUUACAUGGCUUGACCGAGGCAAAGGUCACCUUUCCCCCGACCUAUAAAUAUAAUCUUGAAGAACCGUAUCUUAAACUUGACGAAGAAUUGUCUGCAUGGCAUUGGGCAAAGCACAGAUGGCCCAACCAUCGUGCCGUUGCACUCGAGGUUUCUGUUCCUUUGGUGCCAAUACCAGCUCCGUCUGAGGAUGAAGAGGGCGAUGAUCCGAGGAUACAUCCGCCGUUUGAGAUAGAUAUUGAUUGGAAGAGUAAAAGGGAUAGAGCCAGAUUGCUCGAGUUGGUGACGGGUUACUCAAUGUACUUGACUACUACGUGGGAGGGUAGAGGGCUUGUGAUGGCGAUGGUCGUCGGUUCUGUAGGCGCUUAUUUCGUUAUCAGGGCGCUGUUGGGGAUGUGA